AUGUCCGAGAUGAGAUCCGUCGCCUAUUUCGUGAAUUGGGCAAUCUACGGCCGCAACCACAACCCCCAGGAUCUGCCUGCGGACAAGUUGACCCAUAUCCUGUACUCCUUUGCCAAUGUCCGCCCUGAGAGUGGUGAAGUGUACCUGACGGACACUUGGUCCGACAUUGAGAAGCAUUACCCCACAGACUCCUGGAAUGACGUUGGCACCAAUGUGUACGGAUGCGCCAAGCAGCUCUUCCUUCUCAAGAAGCAAAACCGCAAGCUGAAGGUGCUGCUUUCUAUCGGUGGUUGGACGUAUUCGGCCAACUUCGCUCAGCCGGCGAGCACCGACCAGGGUCGGACUCAGUUUGCCGAAUCAGCAACGCGGUUGAUUCUUGAUCUCGGAUUUGAUGGCCUUGAUAUCGAUUGGGAAUACCCCAAAGAUGACAGUGAGGCUGUAAACCUUGUCCUGCUGCUUCAGAAGUGCCGAGAGGUCCUGGACAGAGAGGCUGGUCCCGACCGCCACUUCUAUUUGACAAUCGCCUGCCCAGCCGGGCCCAACAACUAUGAAAAGAUGAGGCUCCAAGAGAUGACUCCAGUGCUGGACUUCUACAACCUCAUGGCCUAUGAUUUUGCCGGAAGCUGGGACACGAAUGCCGGUCACCAAGCGAACAUUGUUCCUUCGGGCUCCAACCCUGCAUCCACACCAUUCUCUGCCGACGCCGCUUUGAAUUACUACAUCAACGUCGGGGGCGUGCCGCCAUCAAAGAUCGUUAUGGGCAUGCCGUUGUACGGACGAGCAUUCCAAAAUACCGAUGGGCCAGGUGCUCCAUUCUCAGGCGUCGGCGAAGGCAGCUGGGAGAAUGGGGUGUGGGACUACAAGGCGCUACCAAGGCCUGGCGCUGCAGAGCAGUUUGAUCCAGAGUCUGGCGCGACGUGGUGUUAUGACGGUGGCUCGCGCACUUUGGUUUCCUACGACACUCCCUACAUGGCGCAGGUGAAGGCCGACUACAUCCGCCGACGUGGCUUGGGUGGUGGGAUGUGGUGGGAAAGCAGCGGCGACAAGGGAGGCAAAGAGGCCAAUGCAGCGGAUGGAAGUCUGAUCGGCAUCUUUGUGGACGGUGUCGGUGGUGCUGGGGCGUUGGAUCAGUCGGCGAAUGCUCUCAAUUAUCCCGAGAGUAAAUACGCCAAUGUCCAAGCGGGUUUCCCUGACCAGUAG